AUGUCGUCUGGGGAUCGUGCCGCGCUGGUGGCCCUGUGUCGGUCUACCGGCGCGACUCGUUGGAACCACAACAAUGUCUGGGACACGAAUGCCGACCUCUCGGAAUGGCACGGAGUGCAAGUCAACGACGAUGGCCGUGUGGUGGAGCUAGAUCUGAAUAACAACAACCUCAAAGGUAGGAGUAUCCCUGAAGCGCUUGGAGCUCUCACGGAGCUCAAGGUCCUCGAAUUGCGCGGCAACAAGCUCAAGGCGGUGUGGGCGAUGCCGAAGGUGCUGGAAUCAUGGCCUAUUCCUGAAGCGCUGGGGGCUCUGAAGGGGCUGGAGGUCCUCGACUUGGCCGGCAACAAGCUCACGGGGACUAUCCCUGAAGCGCUUGGUGCUCUCACGAAGCUGGCGGUCCUCGAAUUGUACAGCAACGAGCUCACGGGGCCUAUCCCUGAAGCGUUUCGAGCUCUCGAGGAGCUAACCAUUCUUGGUUUGAACGGCAACAAGUUCACGGGUUCAAUCCCGGAAUGGCUGGGAUCUCUGAAGAAAUUGCGACUACUUGGGCUCAGGCGCAACCAGCUGACUGGGCCUAUCCCUGAAGCGCUUGGAGCUCUCAAGGAGCUAACGCAUCUUUGGUUAGACGACAACAAGCUCACGGGAGUCAUCCCGACGGAGCUGGGAAACUUGCGUGCUCUUUCGGAAUUUGAGUUUGGAAGCACAGGGUUAAAGGCCUUCUUGCGCCGUGGCAACAGGCUUACCGGAGGACCGGCGUAUGGCGAGGGACUUGAUUCGUGGAGGGAAAGAUUGGCGCCCAAACAUAAGACGAAACUGCAGAUAUUCCGGGGUGACCGGAUGGAGAAGGACGCUCCCGUGCCGCCAGGCUCCCGCAACGGAAGGCAUGAGGCUGUGGGGGAACGGGUCCGUUCUCCGGAACAUGCUUCCUUGUCCCCAGAGAAGGCCGAAGAAGCGGACCGAGUGUUUAAAGCGCAGCUGUCGUCCUCUGCAGGUUUAGAUUCUCUCAUCAGGGAGAACCCUGGAGCCCUGGAGGACAUCCAACGGGUCAUCGAAGCAUCCGUCGCUGGGAGCGUUUCUGUGGACAACGAGCUCAGUGACAUGCAGAGUCGCCGAAAGCUCGGGACGUUGGUGACCAUGUCAACGGCGCUAGGCGAGGUCGUGCUGAAGCACACCGAGGACAUGGACGUCAAGCGGGAGGAGCUGACCUUGCCUCCGUUCUCCAAAGCAUACUACACCGCGGUCAGAACCGGAAUAUGCAACGCGUACCUCGCUGCCAGCGUCAUUGACAGUGACUGGGUGUCCACGAGCAAGACCGGUGGCAUGGGCAAGGCAGGAGCGGCCUUGAAGGUGAUGUCUAGAGCAAUUCCCGUGGUGGGUGGACCGACCGGACUAGCAGGCAAAGCAAUGAAGUCCGGUGACCACUAUCUCCAAACUCGGCGAUUGGUAAAGAUCACGGCCAUGGCUCAUGACGCGAUCGAGUGCUGCUCUCUGGCGAGAAGGUUGGCCCUACAACUAGCGGGUGGUCUCAGAAACGACGCCAACGCCGGGGCCAAUGAGGUUGACCACAUUCGUGCGGACAUCACGGCGGGCAUGAAUGGCGGAUCUGGAUCUGGCCAAGGCCCUAAUAGUUUGCCCGCUAUCAUGAGCGAAGGCGACGUCUUUGAGUAUGUGCUGAAGGAGGUGGCCAGCUGCGGACACAACGAUCAUGGCGGGAAACGGCUUGGCAAGAAGCACCUUCGUAAGCUCUUGAAAGCUGUUCAGCGAGGUUGCCUUGACGGUCUAAGCUGCACCGAACAAAAGGCAAGGACUCGCAUGUCUUCCAGGCAACAGAUGGCGGUUCUUCUACUCGAGAUUCUUCCCGAAGCUGACAUUAGACACGCUGCAACGUCGAGCUUGCUGAAGGAAGUGAUCGUCAAAUCUCUUCCGGUUGUGGGGGCAGCCCACGACAGCGGGUCGCCCUCAAUGGCAGACUUUGCCGCCUUGCAAGCAGCGGUGGAAGAACUCAAGUCCGACAACAAACAGCUCCGAGACAAGGAGGAGGACAGGUUCUCCAGAAGAAGCUCGAGAUCAAGGAGGACCUGGAGACAUUUUGGCAGCGAAAGGAGAAUGCAGCCUCUGCUGGAGAUCAGGGGAUUCUCACCCCCGCUGAACACCAAGCGGAAACACGAGACACUCGAGCUCGUGUGA